UUGAAACAUAAAUAUAUAUUUCAAAUAUUGAGUUUCAUAUUUAUUUUGAUAUAAUAUCUAAAAAAUAAGUAUUUAAAAUUUAAAUAAAUACCUUAAAUAUCCAAUUCUAUAUUAAUCAAUAUAUAUUUCUUAUAUUUUGCUUUUAAAUUUUAGAUUUUAUUUCGGGUUAUCCUAACCGAUCCGAUAUAACCUGAAUUCGAGCGAUAUAUGAUUACUUUAUGAAUUUUAAGAUAUGAUACAAAUUAGAGUUGAAACCGAUGUAUUAUAUCCGAACCUGGCCCGUACUUAUAAAUUUACUAGAAUAAAAUCUAAAAUGUGUUAAAAGUUAGAACCAAAAUCCGAAACACCUAACCUAAAUCCUAACGGAUACCCGAAUGCUAGAAUCAUUCAAUCAACAGAGACAUGUAUACAACGUUUUCUUUUUGGACAUUGCUUGAAAACAAUAGUAAAUUCAAUAGACCAAAUAAAAUAGUAACUAAAUUUUGUUUUUACUUGGAGAAUGGUAGAAGAAGCAAGAAGCAAGAAGCAAGAAGCAAAGAAUGUAAGACACGGGAGUUUCUCUUGAGGAAGUUUCCUGGAAGGUCACUGAGCAUAGUGAUAGGAGCCAGACGACAAGGAUUUUCAAUGUAAAACGACGUAGCGCCAAUCACGAACGUCACUUUCUACACCAAAUCUUGAUACAAAAAUCCAUCUACUAAUUAUCUUCAAGAAUAUUAUAUUUAAACUUUUUAUCUUCUUCUGUGGUGACAUUUUGAUUAAUAAUAUUCUCUCAAGUCUAAUAUCUAUCUCAGAGAGGAACAAGAAACUCCCAUACAUACACGAAAGGUUUCAAAGACUACGAGAGCAAAAGGAGCUGAGAAUACUUUGGAGAUUACCUGUCAUGGUAGCUUCCACGGUGGAGGCCUUGAGCCCUGAGGACGGAGAGCGAGUCCCCUUCACAAGAGACAAACACUACGCGAUGCAUGGUGAGAUCUUGAUGAUGGUUCUUGUGGUAAGCUUUGCUGUUUUCCUCUUGUUCCUCGUGUUGCUUCCUUGUCUGAAGCGCCGUUACACUCACCACUCCGACCUGUCUGAAGAAGACGCUUCAUGGAGCGGAAGAGUUAAGCCAUCACCAGUUCCUGUUGUAGUAGUAAGCAUACAAUCGAUUUCGAAAUAACAAAAGCUUGUAUUGAGCUUCUAGUAACAAAAAUUUGUAGAAGCGUAUGUUAGUAGUCACUAUAUCUCUUCACUACAUUACAACAUUGUAUCCAACAACAAUAUGAUGUCUUUUCACUAACAAAUACAUGGCAACUAA